AUGAAAGGGGAAAUGGGUGCAACAAUUGGGAUUUGCUAUUUGGUUCUUCUACUCAUUUCCACUUUUCAGCAACAGGUCAUUGCGGUGAAGCCGAUUCCUCAGCUGAAACUUGACAAAGAAAUUCUUCAGGAGUCAGUAGUUAAAUUAAUCAAUGGAAAUGCUGAAGCAGGAUGGAGAGCUGCCAUGAACCCUCGAUUUUCAAACCACACAGUUGCCGAAUUUAAGCACCUUCUUGGAGUCAAACCAAUGCCAGAGGGUGACUUGAAGAGCAUUUCUGUUGUAACUCAUGCAAAAAGUCUUAAGUUGCCCAAAGAGUUUGAUGCACGAACUGCUUGGCCUCACUGUAGUACCAUUGGAAAUAUACUUGGUCAGUUAAUUCCUUAG